GUAUCUUAUAUGAUCUCUUAUCAAGUAAAUCUCUGAAAUGUAAACAACUCACAUUUGCUUAAAGCGAAAUGUUGAGAAAAUGAUCAGAAGUCAUUAGUCAGACGCUCUCCGCCGCAAUGAACACCCGUAAGCUUACAACGCAUGUGCUAAACACCUCUACUGGAAAGGCAGCAGCUAACAUCAAGGUGACUACCUAUCGCCUGGAGGAAUCCCAAGAAUGGAAGGCCCUUCGACCAUCGGAAACCAAUUCAGAUGGCCGCUGUCAAUUGCUGGAUCUAUCGGACUUUUCCAAGGGAAUCUAUAAGUUAACCUUUCAUGUGGGAGCAUAUUUUGCUGCGCAAAAUAUAAAAACCUUUUAUCCAGCCGUCGAGCUUAUAGUGGAUUGCAGUGAGGAACAAAACUAUCAUGUUCCGCUUUUACUAAGCCCCUAUGGUUACAGCACUUAUCGCGGAACAUAGCUCGUAUGAUUUUGUACGAUAGACAAUAAUAAACAAAAUGGGAAUUAAAAAAUAAAAAUUAUUAAGCAGU